GCGAGAAAAGAAGGAGGCUGACUGGCGCGAGAUCAGCGGCACUGUCAUUAUAUUUCUAUGGAGACACUCCGAUGACUCUCAGAGGUGAGUGAAUGAAAAGGUGACGGUGGUGCUCUUGGACUCGUUACGCACGCGAAGCCCUGGGUUCCUUGUUUUUGUGUCAAGACAGCGGAAACAGUCUGGUAUAAUUUCUCCAAAGUAGCUCACUAUCGUUCUUCUGAAUCUAAUUUGGCAAAGAAGUAACCUCCGGAAAGUGAACAUGCCUCUGGCACAACUAGUUGACCCUUGGCGAAAGAUGGCAAUCGGGAGUGCGGCGAGCGAGACGGAACCACAUCACCUCUUGGAGUACUCCAUGGGAGAAGAUGAAAAUGUAUCAUGUCAAGAAGAAGUGUCUGUUAAAGAGAUCAGCAUCACACACCUUGUUAAAGAGGGCUCAGAAAAGGCUGACCCAGAGCAGUUCGAGCUCCGCAAGGUGCUCGGACAGGGCUCCUUCGGAAAGGUAUUUUUGGUGAAGAAAACAACAGGCCCCGAUGCAGGACAGCUGUAUGCAAUGAAAGUGCUGAAGAAAGCCACCCUGAAAGUACGAGAUCGGGUCAGGACUAAGAUGGAGCGGGACAUCUUGGUGGAGGUUAAUCAUCCCUUUAUUGUUAAGCUACACUAUGCAUUCCAGACUGAAGGAAAGCUUUAUCUUAUUCUCGACUUUUUAAGAGGCGGGGAUCUUUUUACUCGACUGUCAAAAGAGGUGAUGUUCACAGAGCAGGAUGUGAAGUUUUAUCUGGCUGAACUGGCUUUGGCUCUGGACCAUCUGCAUGGACUGGGCAUCAUCUACAGAGACCUCAAACCAGAGAACAUUCUCCUAGAUGACGAUGGCCACAUAAAGCUGACAGAUUUUGGCCUCAGUAAAGAGUCAAUUGAUCAUGAAAACAAAGCAUACUCUUUCUGCGGGACAGUAGAGUAUAUGGCACCAGAGGUGGUGAACCGAAGAGGACACACUUAUAGUGCUGACUGGUGGUCUUAUGGUGUACUCAUGUUUGAAAUGCUAACCGGAACGCUGCCCUUCCAAGGCAAGGACCGCAAGGAAACCAUGACCAUGAUUCUAAAGGCCAAGCUCGGAAUGCCUCAAUUUCUGAGCUCAGAGGCUCAGAGUCUCCUCAGAAGCCUUUUCAAACGAAACCCUUCUAAUAGAUUAGGUGCUGGUCCAGAUGGAGUCGAAGAGAUAAAGAGACACACGUUUUAUGCUAACAUUGACUGGAAUAAAUUAUUUAGAAGAGAGAUGUACCCGCCCUUCAAACCAGCCUCUAGUAGACCAGACGACACAUUCUACUUUGACCCAGAAUUCACAGCAAAAACUCCCAAAGACUCACCAGGUGUACCCCCUAGUGCCAACGCCAAUCAACUCUUCAGAGGUUUUAGUUUUGUGGCCAUUACCUCAGAAGAGGAGUCUCAACCCAUCCAGGGCAACAGUAUGAGCUCUAUAGUUCAGCAGCUCCACAGAAAUGUGUCUCAGUUCAAUGACGCAUACGAGGUGAAGGAGGAUAUCGGAGUUGGCUCGUAUUCCAUCUGCAAACGCUGCAUACAGAAAAGCACAUGCAUGGAAUAUGCAGUAAAGGUAAUCAAUAAAGCUAAAAGGGAUCCAACAGAGGAGGUGGAAAUUCUGUUACGCUAUGGACAACAUCCAAAUAUAAUCACCCUGAAAGACGUAUAUGAUGAUGGGCGCUCAGUGUAUUUGGUGACAGAGCUGCUGAAGGGUGGAGAGCUGCUGGAUAAGAUCCUCAGACAGAAGUUCUUUUCAGAAAGGGAGGCCAGUGCUGUGUUGUACACCAUCUCAAAGACUGUGGAGUACCUGCAUGCUCAAGGGGUGGUUCACAGGGAUCUGAAGCCCAGUAACAUCCUUUAUGUUGAUGAAUCUGGGAAUCCUGAGUCCAUCCGGAUUUGUGACUUUGGCUUCGCCAAGCAGUUGAGAGCAGAAAAUGGUCUGCUGAUGACACCCUGUUAUACUGUUAACUUUGUGGCUCCAGAGGUGCUGAAGAAACAGGGUUAUGAUGCUGCAUGUGACAUCUGGAGUCUAGGUGUCCUUCUGUACACAAUGUUAACUGGAUUUACUCCAUUUGCUAAUGGCCCAGAGGACACGCCUGAAGAGAUUCUGGCUCGAAUCGGCAGUGGGAAGUUUUCUCUCACAGGUGGAUACUGGAAUUCGGUUUCAGCUGAGGCCAAGGACUUGGUUUCAAAGAUGUUGCAUGUAGACCCCCAUCAGAGACUAACGGCUGCACAAGUGUUAAGACAUCCCUGGAUCAUUCACAAAGACCAGCUCCCCAAAUACCAGCUGAACAGACAUGAUGCCCCCCAUCUGGUUAAGGUUUGGUCCUUUCCACACACUCUAUUCCCCUUAAUAAUUUGCCAUGCCCCUGAAAUGGCAUUGUUGUUGUUUUCUUUUUUCCAGCAAGGUUUACAACAUUCAAUAGCACAUACAGUACAUACCUAUAUACAUUCAUGCAUACAAAUAUAA